AUGAGUGGCUGCUUCUCACUGCAGAUCAAUCUGGACAGCACCAUGAAGGUCGUUAGCAGGAGAUCCAUUUCGGUGGCUUACGGGGAGCCCGUCCACCCCAUCAUGCAGUUCGACCCGUCUGAUUCCACCUACCUCUAUCUGAUGACCUCCUACCAGAUGACGCGGGUGAAGGUGGCUGCCUGCAACCAGUACUCGACGUGCACGGAGUGCCUGGCCGCUGCUGAUGCUUACUGCGGGUGGUGCACGAUGGAGACCAGGUGUUCCCUGCAGCAUGAGUGCAUGAACUUCACAGGGGCCAACUUCUGGGCGAGCGCAAGCGAAGGAGUGCAGCAGUGCCCUUCCAUGACCAUCCUGGAGCCCGAGAUUAACAUCGACAAAGAGAACCCGGUCCUGAUAAUACAAAUAAAUGGGACUAUCCCGAACCUGAACGGAACAAACAUUUCCUGUGACUAUGGAAGUAACAUCCACACGGUGGCCAGAGUUGCUGGAGAUGAUGUAAACCAGUUUAUUUAUUGCAAUUUACUUCCACGCGAGAGAUAUCCGACGUUUCCAGACGACCAAGACCACGUGGUUGUUGAAACUGCUCUCCGGGUCAACAGCAAAAACAUUAUCCGGGCCAAUUUCACCAUCUACGAUUGCAAAAGGACGGGGAACAUUUACCCGAAGAGAGCGUAAGUGAUCUGCCUCUCGGCCGGGUGGAGGUGUCACUGGUGCCCCUCCUCCUACGCCUGUGUCUCCAACCGUUCUCAGUGUGACGGCGCGCUGCGGAUGAAGAAGAAAAUCGACUGCCCGCGAAUCGUACCUGCCUCGCUGGACCCAAUGCCCACGGGGGUGUCCCGGGACAUCAUGAUCUCGCUGGCUAACACGACUUUCUCCAAGGAGACAGCUCUGGAGUGCCAUUUUGGGACAGACAGGACGUUUGAAGCCCGGUGGGUGAACUCCUCUGCCGUGGAGUGCGUACACGUGCUGCUCCACACAGCAGAAAAAAGCCAGCUCUUCCCAGUGAACCUUCAGCUGAAGGACAGACCAGACAGAUUUAUCGACAGUCCGGAGAUGAUGACAGUGGAGGUGUACAACUGCGCGACCGGGAGCGCCGACUGCUCCCAGUGCCUGGGGAGGGAGGACCUGGGGCACCGCUGCCUCUGGAGCGAGGGCAGCUCCAGCUGCAGGCUGCACAGCGAGCACCCCCACGCCUCGGACCUCUGCCCGGCUCCCGAGAUCAAGAAGAUCGAGCCGCUGCGUGGGCCGCUGGAGGGGGGCACCCUGCUGACCAUCCGCGGGAGGAACCUGGGCCGACGCUUCAGCGACGUCCUGGGUGCUGUCAGGAUAGGCAGCGUGCAGUGCACGCCGCUGCCCGACAGAUACCUCGUUUCCGAGGCGAUCGUGUGCCAGACCGGAGAGGCUGUGGAGGCGUUCUCUGACGUGGUGACAGUUAACGUGAGCCGGGAAGGGAGGUCCAGGGAGCGAUACUCCUACGUGCUUCCUGUGGUGCAGUCCAUAGCCCCCCUGAACGGCCCGAAGGCUGGAGGAACCAGAGUGACCAUCCGAGGCAGCAGGCUGGAUGUCGGCUCCGAGCUCCGCGUCCUCGUCAAUACCUCCAAGCAGUGCACGGACCUCAGCCGCAACGACAGCACCAUCACCUGCACCAUGCCAUCCGCGGAGCUCGCCACGGCCGUGCGAGUCUGCGUCCAGUUCGAGAACAAGUCUUGUGCCGGCUACAACAUCACAUUCAAGUAUGAGAAGAACCCGGUUAUAUCAGACAUCAACCCUAAAAAGAGCCAGCUCAGCGGGGGCAGGAUCAUCACCCUGGAAGGAAGAGGCUUUGAGCUGGUCCAGAACGUGUCCAUGGUGGUCCGUGGCAUCGGCAGAGAGCAGACGAGCUGUAAGGUUCACACCGACAGCGCCAUCACCUGCCCCUCUCCAGCUGCCUCCAACGUCACCGCAGGGAGCAAGCCUGCACCCGUCGAUUUCUAUCUCAACGGUCGCCUCUAUGCUGACGACCGUCCGGCUCUGGACGAGGAGAUGUACCCCGAGGAGGCCUUGCACAUCAGCAAGUUCAGCAUGGAGUACUAUGCCGACCCCCAGUUCUUCACAGCCAAGAAGGAGAAAUGGAUCAAGCACCACCCCGGCGAGCCCUUAACUCUGGUUAUACACAAAGAGCCUGACAGCCUGGGCCUGGAGAGCAAUGAGUACCAAGUGAAAAUUGGCCUUAUCUCCUGCGAGAUCCAGAUUGUUUCAGACAAAGUCAUCCACUGCUCCGUCAAUGAGUCGCUGAGCACCUCGGAAAGGCAGUUACCGGUGACGAUCCAAGUUGGGAAGUUCAACUACACGGUUGCGAUGCUUCACCUUGGGGGAGGAGAGACUGCAAUCAUCGUUUCCAUUGUCAUCUGCAGCAUCCUGCUGGUCCUCUCUGUCGUCGCACUCUUUGUGUUCUGCACAAAGAGCCGCAGAGCGGAGCGCUACUGGCAGAAAACCCUGCUCCAGAUGGAGGAGAUGGAGUCGCAGAUCCGGGAGGAAAUCCGCAAAGGUUUCGCGGAACUGCAGACAGACAUGACAGACCUGACCAAGGAGUUAAACCGCAGCCAGGGGAUCCCCUUCCUGGAGUACAAGCACUUUGUCACCCGGACGUUCUUCCCCAAAUGUUCCUCACUCUACGAGGAGUGCUACGUCCUGCCGUCCCAGCAGCUCAGCUCCCAGGUGGGCUCCCAGGUCCAGGAAACUCAUCCGCUCCUUGUGGGGGAAUGGAAAAUCCCCGAGAGCUGCAGACCCAAUAUGGAAGAAGGAAUCUCUCUGUUCUCUACCUUACUCAACAACAAGCACUUUCUCAUUGUGUUUGUCCACGCUCUCGAGCAGCAGAAGGACUUUGCUGUUAGAGACAGAUGUAACCUGGCCUCCCUGCUUACUAUUGCGCUGCAUGGGAAACUGGAGUAUUACACCAGCAUCAUGAAGGACCUCUUGGUGGAUCUAAUAGAUGCUUCGGCUUCCAAAAACCCCAAGCUGAUGCUGAGGAGAACGGAAUCUGUGGUGGAGAAGAUGCUCACCAACUGGAUGUCCAUCUGCAUGUACAGCUAUCUCCGAAACCUCAACGUCUCCUUCCAAGGCUGCGGGAUGGACUCCCUGAGCGUCAGGGCCAUGGACACAGACACACUCAGCCAAGUGAAGGAGAAGAUUCUGGAGGCCUUCUGCAAGAACGUCCCCUACUCCCAGUGGCCGAGGGUGGAAGACGUCGACCUCGGGUCCUGGGCCUUGGCAGCGGGGCUGUGCAGCCCCCAAGUGCUGCGGGACGGCCCCCCGAGGCUCGACGACACCUCGGUGGUGGAGGACGGCAGGAAGAAACUCAACACAUUGGCACAUUACAAGAUCCCCGAAGGGGCGUCGCUGGCCAUGAGUUUGUCGGACAAGAAGGACACCACGCUGAGCAGAGUGAAGGAUUUGGACACGGAGAAGUACUUCCACUUGGUUCUCCCCACGGAUGAGUCCGUGGAACACAAGAAGUCCCACAGGCAGAGCCACAGGAAGAAAGUCCUGCCAGAGAUCUACCUGACCCGGCUGCUCUCCACAAAGGGCACGCUGCAGAAGUUCCUGGACGACUUGUUCAAAGCCAUCCUCAGUAUCCGAGAUGACAAACCACCCGUGGCCGUGAAGUAUUUCUUUGACUUCCUAGAGGAGCAGGCAGAGAAAAGAGGGAUCACGGACCCUGACACGAUGCACAUCUGGAAGACCAACAGCUUGCCUCUGAGGUUUUGGGUCAACAUCCUGAAGAACCCCCAGUUCGUCUUCGACAUCGACAAGACCGACCACAUCGACGCCUGCCUCUCUGUGAUAGCCCAGGCCUUCAUUGACGCCUGCUCCCUCUCCGACCUGCAGCUGGGCAAGGACUCCCCGACCAACAAACUCCUGUACGCCAAGGAGAUCCCCGAGUACAGGAAGAUAGUGCAGCGAUACUACAAGCAAAUCCACGACAUGCCCCCGCUCAGCGAGCAGGAGAUGAACGCCCACCUCGCCGAGGAGUCGCGGAAAUACCGUAAUGAAUUCAACACCAACGUCGCCAUGGCUGAGAUAUACAAAUACGCCAAGAGAUAUCGCUCCCAGGUAAGUGGCCCCAGCGGCACUCGGGCCCCAGCGUGCCCACGGAGGGACAGCAAGCACUGCGUCGUAACCAAGCGCCGCAGGCACGCCGUGCAGCCACCGCGGAGCACCUCCGCCAGGGUCAUGCUCAAACCAGCCUCGCGGUGGGGUGGGCCUGGCCCGCGGCUGAAGGGCUCCCUCGCCUAA